CUGGUUGUGUGCAGCCUCUGAGCGCCCGCCGUUAGUUGUUUCGAGUACGUCGCACACAAAUUAAUCGGGUUUUAAUUAAUGCCGACUAGUCGAAUUUUGUCAUUUAACGAGCAUAUAAUAUCGUGACAGAGACUGUGGUGGAUGUUGAGCAUCGCGCGUCCGCUUUAGAUUCAAAGAUUUGACACAGAGGAAAUGGGCGGGGUCUCGUCAAAAUCGCCGCUCGAAAGGCGCAACACAGUCGCUAGACGUUCCCAAAGACGCACCAUCCACAACAUGAAGCCCAAAAUCGACAACGUCUACAAGGACAUCAAGAAAUUCAAGGGCGCCGCUCGAGACGCCAACUACAUAGCGCUGCACAACGAAAUUGAGUACCUGAAGAACGAACUGACGCGCAGAGGUCAAGACUUGCAGCCUCAAGUGAGAAAUCUCUACGAAAACGUCUACAAGAGGAUCUGCGAGGCGCAAGAAGCGCUCGAGCAGAAACUCCAGGAGAACACCGAGAAGAUCGAGAAGAAGCAGAAAGGCAAAGAAGAGAACGCUCACCUGGAGACGGUUCCGGAGGAAAAUAGCUCGGAAAUUCAGCAGGACCAACCGGACGCCGCUGAGGCGGAAGAAGAACGCCUGGAAAACAGCCAGGAAAAGAGGAAAACCGUCGAACUUAAAUUCGUCAAGGUCGUUCCGGACGAAGAUGUCCCUAACGCGCCCAAACCAGCCAACGUGCGAAGUCCAGAGGAAAAAAGAAAGUCCAUAUUGAAAGUAGGGGUGCCGGUAAUGCCGGGAGCGAUGUUGAAAGAACUUACCGCUCACACGAACAGGAUCACGAAGUUUUACGAUGAUACCGUCGCCGCAGAACUGACCCCGCAACAAAUCAUGAUCAAAAUCAACGAGAUCGUCGAAGACCUGCAGCAAAUCGAGUUGGAGAUCAGCCAGUUCGUCGGUAAAAAGCACGGCAAGCAGUACAACAAGAUCAGGAACGCGCUCAACAAGUACUUGGUCGAGGUGAAUCGGUUGGAGUCGACCGACGAGUACGCCUCCGAGCAGCAGAAGAUUUGCAGGAACUACGUGAGCAGCUGCAUGAGUUUCCUCGAGGAGAGAGCGACGGAUUCCGGUUUCAUAGAAGGCGACGACGACGUGUUUUCGAGCAACAACAACUUGACCGCGAACGUCAAGGACCUGUCGGCGGUAGAGGCGAAUUUUAAAUUGCAGAGUUUGCUGAAGAAUACCCAAGUCUAGCUCGGCUCGGCGUCUGUUACCUUGUAGAGAAUAAA